CUCUUCCUCUCUCCCCCAGACCAGAAGGCAUAGAGCGGCAGUUCAGGAAGAAGUGUGGCAAAUGUGGACUGCUGCUCUUUUAUCAACACCAACAGAAAAAUGCUCCUGUGACGUUCAUUGUUGACGGUGCUGUGGUCAAAUUUGGCCAGGGUUUUGGGAAAACAAACAUCUAUACUCAGAAACAAGAGCCUCCCAAAAAGGUGAUGAUGACCAAACGGACCAAAGACAUGGGCAAGUUCAGUUCUGUCACUGUCUCCACAAUUGAUGAAGAGGAGGAGGAGAUUGAAGCGAGGGAGAUUGCAGACUCCUAUGCACAGAAUGCAAAAGUGAUUGAGAAACAGCUGGAACGCAAAGGCAUGAGCAAAAGAAGGCUACAGGAGUUGGCUGAGCUGGAAGCCAAGAAAGCCAAGAUGAAAGGAACCCUGAUUGAUAACCAGUUCAAAUGAAACACUGCACAUCUGCUGAGUAUUCAGAGACAGGAGAAAGCUACCAGGAGCUAUCGCAGAUCUGUCAACCAAGCAGAAGUAACAGACAAUGUUCAAGGGCAAUGCUUGGAGGUGCUGCAACCAGCUUGGAGGAUGAGUACCUCUCUGACAUAAGUGAUACUCUGGUACCAAUUUUAAUAGCUCCAAUGGCACUGG